UCUCUGAUACUCGACAUUCUAUUAUGAAGACGGGAAACAUCGUGCAGACAUCCAACAACGCGAGUUACAAAAGCGAUCUAAGGUUCAACGUUCGACUGAACGUGCUGACUUUGAGAACGAUUGGAACCUGGCCAAGAUUUCUCGAUCAUUCUUGGCGGGAAACGAUCGAACACGUAUUUCUAAAUCUUCUCUGUUACGGUCUGCUUGGUUUCAUCCUGAUCCCUGGAUUCAUGUGCUUUGCCCUCGAGAUCGCGGAUUUUUACGACCAGAUGAAACUCGGUAGCGCGCUCAGUUUCUUUCUAAUGGCAGUGAUGAAGUAUUGCGUGUUCAUUAUGCGCGAGGAUGACAUACGUAGAUGCGUGAAACUGAUCGAAGAUGACUGGAGGAACGUGAAACACAACGAGGAUCGUAAAAUUAUGUUGGAUAACGCGAGUUUCAGUCAACGACUUAUCAUAAUCUGUAGCGCUUUCAUGUACGGCGGCGUGGUUUUCUAUUACAUCGCAUUACCACUCACUCGAGCGAAGAUUGUAGAAGAGGGUGGCAACUUGACGUACAUGAGACUCGUUUACCCUUUUCCUAGAGUAAUCGCGGACGCCCGGCGUAGUCCCAUCAAUGAAAUUUUCUACACGAUACAAUUAUUGUCUGGCUUUGUUGCUCAUGAUAUCACGGUUGCCGCUUGCGGUUUGGCUGCUCUUCUUGCGAUGCACGCGUGCGGACAGUUACAGGUUUUGAUGUCUUGGCUGGAGAAAUUGGUAGACGGAAGAGAAAACGACGAUGAGAGUUUGGAUCAGAGACUGGCCAAUAUCGUGGAACAACAUGUUCGGAUAAUCAACUUCAUAGCUCUGACCGAGGAUCUUCUGCGUGAAAUAUCAUUGGUAGAAGUCGUGGGUUGCACUAUAAACAUAUGCUUCCUUGGGUAUUAUUCGAUGACGGAAUGGGACCCUAAUCAUCCUGUUAGAGGUUUUACGUACAUAAUAUUGCUGACAUCCGUCACGUUUAACAUUUUCAUAUUCUGUUACAUCGGUGAGGUCUUAGCAGAGCAGACGGUAAAAGUUGGCGAAAAAUCUUACAUGAUCGAUUGGCAUCGAAUGCCUUGGAAGAAAAGUCUCGUCGUUCCUUUGAUGAUUUCGAUGUCUCGUUCCACUACCAAAAUCACUGCUGGCAAUAUUAUCGAGCUUUCUAUCAGUAGUUUCGGUAACGUCAUCAAGACUUCGUUCGCGUACUUGAACAUGCUACGAACACUCACUACCUAGGGGUUCCUUUUUCAGUCAAUGGUAAACCGAUAUUGCGACUCUCACAUUGAAAUUAUAGAUACACACAUAUAUCACAUGAAUAUCUGCUUUUUAUAAGAAAAACGUGUUCUAUCAUGAAUUAGACAAGAAAGAAGAAUUUUCAUUUAUCCGACCUUUGACUUCCCAUGUUGACAUUUUCGUAGUAUAAAAGAAUUUAUCAUACGGCAGUUAUUGCCCUAUUAUUUGUGUAAUGUAUAAGCUGACAAAUUAACACGAUGAAAGAAUAAAAUUAUUCACUAAUUAUUU